AGAGAAGCGAAGCAUAUCGUCGGUUCUCUCCGCCGUCUUAAAUCGACGUUCUCGGAUUUUGAGCCUACGAAGAAGCAGGAGCAGCCAUGUCUGGGAGGUUGUUGAAGAAGGUUCUCAAGGAACACGAAGAAUCGAAACUCCAGAAUCAUCACGAUGAAGAAGAAGAAGAAGACGAAGAUGAAGAGCAGCUCGGUGGCUCGAGAAACCGUUCUUCGAUUAAUCCUUUUGAUCUCUUGAACGAUGGCGAUGAAGAUCCUGAAUCCGAAAAGGAGGCAGAGAUAGAUGACGAGGAGAAGAAGAAGGAUGAAGAAGCUGACACCGUUCAGCUUCCUUCAAAGAACAAGUCGAAGAAAAAGAAGAACAAGAAGAAACCCAAAGAGAGUCGCUCCAACGUGGUGGUGAAGUCUGAAACCACUUUUGAUGAAACCUUAGAAGCGCUCUCUCUCGGAACCAACUCUAUCCAAGAAGAGGUUCAAGAAACAAAGCCUUCUUCUUCUUCUUCUUCAAGACCAGUGUUGGAGAUAGACCCCAAGUACCUGAACCUCGAAAACGAGUUAAGGAGAAUGUACGGCUCAAAGGUCGUUAGAUCACUCGAGAGCAGCACCCAAGCCGGUGCUGGUGGCGGGCCCUCUAGGCAGGUACGUGGAGGAAGACGUGGAGGAGUCCAUCACAUCACAAAAACCGUUCUGAUUACACCAAUGGAGAAUUGGGCUCGUUGGGAUCGUUCUUUCUCCAUGGAGUUUCUCGAGACCAAAGACGGUUACAACUACUUCAGAUACACCCACUCAUCCUCCUACGAGCAAGCUCAGAGAGCCUUCCAAGCCGCGCAGAACCUCCACGACCUGAACGGCGUAGCCAGCGUCCUCAUCAACAACCCUUACCAUAUCGACUCGCUUAUAACCAUGGCAGACUACUUCAAGUUCGCCGGAGACCAUCAGAUGUCCGCAGAUGCAAUAGGAAAAUGCUUGUACGGUCUGGAGCGCGCGUGGCAUCCAAUGUUCACUCCUUUCAACGGUACCUCCCGGUUGAAGUACUCUCACGACGCGAACAAGCCCUUCUUCACGGCCCUUUUCGCGCACAUGAGGAACAUGGACAGGCGCGGAUGUCAUAGAUCAGCUUUAGAGGUUUGCAAGCUGCUGCUGUCCCUGGACACGGAUAACCCCGUUGGCGCGUUGUUUUGUGUUGACUAUUUCGCUCUGAGAGCUGAGGAGUACGCGUGGCUGGAGGAGUUCUCGGAGGAGUAUCAAUCCGAGAACUCCUUGUGGCUCUUCCCGAACUUCUCUUAUUCCCUAGCUAUAGCUAGAGUCUACCUCGAGAAGACUGAGGAGGCUUCUUUAGAUAGUUCGAAGUCGAGCUCCUUAGAUCUGAUGAUGCAAGCGUUGAAGCUUCACCCGACUGUGCUCAAGAAGCUUGUGGAUAAGGUGCCUUUGAAGGAUCAGGCGUGGGGGAAGAUGCUCAAGCAUUAUUACUUCAGGUCUGAUCAGUCGAAGAACCCGUCGCUGGAUCAUCUUAUUAACAUCUACGUGGAGAGGAACUACCUUAUAUGGAGGCUUCCUGAUGUUCAGAAGCUGCUCAAGAGCGCUGCUGAGUUGGUUAUUAAGCAGUUGGAUGAGAAGGAGAGCGACGCAGAGGAUUUCUUGAGUGUGAAGGAAGAAGCUUUCCCUGCUAAGCAUAACGAGUACUCUCAUUUAUCAAUACAUGAUUUCUCUGAUACGGUGCCGACUCUUCCUCCAGACAACUUGCAGAACUUUGUGGCUGAUCCUAGAAUGGGAGGAGGCGGUGGUGGUCAUCACCAGCAACAGCAAGCACCACCGGUACGUGAUGUGGCGAAUAGGAAUCCGUUGGCUGUGUUUUUAGAGUCGAUGCUUCCUUGGGUUAACCUUGGAGAGGGAGAUGAUGAUGGUGAUCACCAACCAGACAACAAUGGCUAAGUUUUUACAAAAUGUUUUUGCUGAAUGAUGAGAAGAGAUACACACAUGUGUCCUUGCUUUUGUUGUACAUUGCCAUUCUGAUGGUUUGUUAGUCCUUUAAGCAUCAUCAUGUUCUUACUACUCUCAUGAGAUUUGAUACUU